AACUGUAGUCGUGUAUUCACUGUUCGUACGACGGUUGACAUUUAUUGUUUCUAAGAAAAAUAUUACAAAACAGUGAUUAAGAAAACGAGUGAUUCAUGGAAUUCACGGUGUCGAAUAAGAUAAAUUUUACCGCAUCAUUCGAUAGAAAAUCAACGAAUUAAACGAUGAAGAGUCGUGUUAAGAGCAACAUGAAGAAACCCAUCUCUUUGAAUAUAGAAUCAUUUUACGACGAGACGGUGCUCUCGUGGAGUAAACGUCUCCUCGGCUUAUCUGGUCUGUGGCCGGAAAAUCAUAACGAUGUACAAUUUUUCUUCUACAUUACUUACGUGGUGAUCUUCACUUGGCUGGAGAUUGUCACGUUGCUGCAGAACAUCGACGACCUUGAGAGGUCGUUGAAAAAUAUCACGCUAUCGUUCCCGACCAUCUUGAUAGUGCUGAAGGCCGUGAUGUUUCGGAUGAACAUGCAUCUCGUCUUACCUUUGCUGGCGCUCGUGAAAAGGGACGUGGAGCAAGGAUUGUAUCAGACGCAGGAGGAACGAAGGACGGUCGUAUGGUACAGCGUGGCCGCCACCUUAUUUUCCACCUCGUCGGCCCUGUCUUUGUUCUUCGUCCCCACGUUGUUUUACACGAAGCCAGUCGUCGGCUGCUUUUUCUCGCAGUUCAUCAAUUGCACCCUUCCCUACGAGUUACCCAUGAAAGUGCAUAACGUUUACGAAGUGACGGAAAUGCGGACGUACGCUCUCUUCUGUGUUUACCUGAUACCAGUCAGUAUGAUGUUAACAAUCGGCGCAACCGGUGCGGACAGUCUUCUGGUGACGUUAACGUUUCACAUUUGUAGUCAGCUUUCGAUCCUGACUCAUCGAAUUAAAAACGUCGAACUUGAACCGCAAAUAUACUUUCCGAAGAUGAGAAUACUCGUCGAACGACAUAUCGAACUUUUAAAAUUGGCGAAUAUCUUAGCUGAGACAUUCAGUUCCCUGAUGUUUGUACAAACAUUAGGACUAAUAUUUUCUUUAUGCAUUGUGGUGUAUCAGUUAUUGAUGACAAGCGAAUCUGGCGAAGAUAUGAAUACUAUACAUUUCAUAAUUUAUUCCUGUGCUGUUGUGUUAUUAGCAUUUUGCUAUUGUUUUCUGGGAGAAUGUCUAAUUAACGAGAGCAGUGAAAUGCAAUUAGCUUGUUAUUUCACUAAUUGGUACGAGUUGCCAGAUAAGUACGUGCGAUCUUUGAUAUUCUGCAUUGCUCGAUCACAGAAACCAUUGUGUUUGACUGCGGGCAAGUUCUACGUAUUUUCCCUAGAAACCUUCGGCAUUAUAAUAAAAGCAUCGAUGGCAUAUCUUUCUGUCAUGAAAAGCAUUGUUUAAAUAACUCCAAUAGUGAACUUGUUAAAUAUUUAUUAAGGGGAAUAAUUGUUAUCCAUUAUAGUGUUACUUUGAGGUAGUUAAAAUUAUUAAAAAAAUGUCAAUAAUAUUUGAUUACGCGUUUCGUGUUAAGAAGGAGGCUUUAGGGAGGGA